UCUACAACAGUGGUCACUACAGUCCCACUAUCCAGCCAAGCCCAGGUUAGUGUGCAGCAGCCUGUUUCAGUGGCUAUGCAGCCGCUGCAGCAAGCACCUGGGCCCAUGCAACCUAUGCAGUGGAUGCCCAAGAUACCUCUAAUGAGUCCCAAGCCUUUCUUUGGAGACAAGAAGAAGGAGGAAGACUUGGACACCUGGGUGAGGACUGUGCCUACUUAUGUGAGGCACAAGCUCACAAGGCCAAAACAAGAAGUUGUAGUGGCUGCCUCCUUUUUAGAAGGAUCAGCAGCCCGCUGGUUGAAUGGCUUAGUGCAGCAACAGGGCUACGGUCAGGAUUUCGAUGCCUGGGCUCAGGCUCAGACAUUGGAACAGUUCGUUCGGACAGUCUACAACAGGUGGCAUGACCCACAAGGGGCUCAAGAGGCCACCGAUGCUAUCAACAACCUGUGUUCCCGAAGGUUCAAGGAUGUUAGAGAGCUAACAGACACCGUAGAACGCCUUCUCGUGGUACCUGGUGUGCGCUUUGACCAGCAGGUUCUCCUGACGGAUUACCUAAGGUGCCUACCUACAGAGGUAAGGACCAAGCUGGUCGAUGAGGCCUAUGUCGAUCAGCACACCUUCGCUUCUUUUAGUAAGAAAGCACUGGACAUAGAGGCAAAGUUGGGAUCUGCGCACAAGGUAUCCAAUGAUGGUAGGAAGAGACUGCCCCGAGAUUGGAAGAAAAAGGAUCAGUUAAUGUUCGUUGACCACGAUGGUCAAACAACGGAGAUUGACGACUACUCAGAUCUUGGGGAGUUCACAGAGCACGAUGGGGGUGGUGAGACUUCAGAUGGUGGAGUCGUGGCACCCAUCAAGGAAAAGGCUAGGGGGACCRGGAAGAAGAAGGYAGKACGGUCCACGGGUCAGGGCGACCAAGGAACACCCGCAUGGGUGAAGAUUGGUUUAGAAUAUGAGGUGUGGCGUGACCGCGUUGCUAGGGGUACAUGCAUGAACUGUGGCCAUUAUGGUCACACGUCCAGGACUUGCUGCGGCAAGAAGGUCACCACGAAGGUAGCCUCACCAACGGUGAUGACGUCAGGGAAUCACCCUGAGUCAAAUGGCCAAGCAGAACAGAUGAACCGGGUAGUGCAGCACUUGCUUAGGCAUUAUAUUAAGCCAAGCCAGGAUGACUGGGACGAGAAGUUACCUCUCGUCGCCASCCUGUACAACAAUGCUGUGCACAGCACCACCGGUAUGACUCCCAAUCAGUUACAUCUUGGUUGGAAGCCCAGAUCUGCGCUUGACUUUCUGUUACCAGAAAGGCAACCUACUGCAGCACCUGGCAACAUAGAGUUUGCUGUCAAGUAUGAGCAGAUGCUGCAGCAAGCCGUUGAACACAUUCAGAAGUCUCAAGAUGCUAUGAUUGCAUCUGAGAACAAACAUAGACGGCCUUCUAACUGUCAAGUAGGCGAGAGAGUCUGGGUGAAAUCAUCUGAACUGGGACAAGAGAUAGGGAUCUCAAGGAAACUGAUGCCUCAGUACUUCGGGCCCUGGGAGAUCUUAGAUAUUGUAGGGGAUCAACCGGAUGGGCCUUCUUACGUGAUUCGCAUCCCUGCACACUUACGGACCCAUCCUGUUUUCCAUGCCUCCAAGCUGGCACCUUUUGCUGCCACAGACCUGUUUCCCUCUCGGAGAUCUAUGCUGCCCCCAACCAUGGAUGGCGAAGUGGACAUUGACCAGAUCGUCGAGCAUCGGAUGAUGCCUGCUCCUCGACCAUCAGGCAGAGGGCGACCUCCUAAACCAAGAAUGCAGUAUCGGGGGAGUGCUAUGUUCGCCCCAUUACCUUCUGGGAAGGAUGCGAUCAAGGUCCUUAUGGAGGGAGCAUCGGAAGUGCCAGUCUUCGGGGUGAGGAAGCAGCCGCAGGAGCAACAGAUGCUGAGGCAGGUCCUCAAAUGGGUGGGCCCAAGGACCAAUGCUGAGGGACUUGUCAUGAGGCUUUGCCUGACUAAAUGAGUUGCAUUCAGUCCUUGUUCAAUCUGCUCUCUGGUUCUCCAGUGAUGGUGACUACAAUCAUCAUUGCUUUUGGCUUCCACACAUGUUGCACCAAUAUGAAUGUGUUGAGCUUCCUGACACUGUUCUAACUUCAAACUUUGGAGUUGGAACUCAGACGAGAGGGAGCGACUCGUUGCAAUACAUUACUAGUACUUUAUUACUUUGUAAAAGAAAGGAGAUGUUUUCUGUUACACACACACACACACACACACACACACACACACACACACACACACACACACACACACACACACACAUGCAGACACAUGCACUGCGGAGUUGUUCAUAGUGAACAUUACAACACAUGCAUUCACACACUUCCACACACACAGUGACACGUCUUCCCUUCUGAAUAUCAGCCUAUGGCACUGCAACGAAGCAGCAGGCCUGCGCUGGAAACAAAUAGCUCAAUGGUGAUUAAUAGGGGAAAUCUGGUGGUUCUAUYCUAACAUCAAUGCAAGGCAUACUUCAGGUUAUUUUGCAACUCUUUCCCCCCCAAAAAAAGUUGAAAACCCACCGCUAUGCUGCGACUCACCGUUGGUUUUCAGAUCACCUUCGAAGCCAAGUCCAUCGAGACGGAAAAUCAAUGAUCAGCAACUUAAACCAGAAUGCGGUGAACUAUUCUCAAUCCCCUUCCAUCUUGUCAGUCAUUCCCUCACACUCAUUGCCAAUGCACUCCAUCUUCUGCAUUGACCGCUUGCCUGGUUUUGACAUCCUCCUCUCCCUCUUUUGACUUCGGGUGAUACCCAUAUAUAUCGCACCGACGAUGCUAAUACAAUGCCAAUAACACCAACAAGAACAAGAAGACAAACACGGCCGAGAACAAAGGACAUUAGGAAAA